AUGGUGUGGCAUGAAGUCGUACAGCUUUAUAACCACACAUUUGAAAAUGCUGAUCCUCGAGUUAAAGAUUGGCCGAUGAUGCAUAGCCCUUUACCUACAAUUGUAAUAUGUUUAUCUUAUGUCUAUGUUGUGAAGUAUUUAGGUCCUAAUUUAAUGAAGAACCGAGAGCCACUGGACAUUCGGUGGCUCAUGGCAGCAUAUAACUUUAUUAUGGUGAUAUUUAGCUUCCUUAUAUUUUAUUGGUUUGGAGUUUACGGGUGGUUUGGUUCUUAUAGCUGGCAGUGUCAACCUGUUGAUUAUUCUAACAGUCCAGAAGCUAUUGGAAUGGCAAGUGUAUGUUGGUGGUUUUUUAUAUCAAAAUUUGUUGAAUUUACUGAUACGAUAUUUUUUGUAAUGAGAAAAAAGUUUAGUCAGGUGUCAACUCUUCAUGUGACACACCAUGGAAUAAUGCCAAUAAGUGUAUGGAUAGGUCUCAAAUUUACUCCAGGUGGUCAUAGCACAUUUUUUGCAUUUAUCAACAGCUUUGUUCAUAUUUUGAUGUAUAUUUACUAUGGAUUGUCAGCUAUUGGACCACAUAUGACCAAAUAUUUAUGGUGGAAAAAAUACAUGACAACUAUUCAGAUGGUUCAGUUUGUGAUGAUUUUCACUCAUUCUUUUCAACUGCUGUUCACAAAUUGCAAUUACCCUCGUGGCUUCAUGUUCUGGAUUGGGUUUCAUGCUGUCCUGUUCUGGUUUCUGUUUUAUGACUUCUACAAAAAUGCUUAUCAGAAGAAAAAAAUUAUUGCUUCAAAAGCCCUCAAAAAUGGUUCUUCACCCAAGAGUCAAUACGAUCCUGCUGGUAUUUCUAAGAAAAAUGGGUUUUCUUCUCUGAAUAGUCAUAGUUACAAAAGUAAUGGAUUAAAAAAUGGGUAUUCUGCAAAAAACGAGUGUGCAAAUGAACCGGAAAUGAUGAUACUUACAAUGCUACUUCCGGAUAAAAUGAAUAUCAAAACAGACUCUACAAACAUAAUGGAGGCUGGUACGUCUGCAUUUGGCAAAUAUAAUGAGAUAGCCAUGAAAAGGCUGCAGAAGUAUUGCAAAAGCAUCAAGAAAACAGGAAAAGAAUAG